AUGUUUGAUCUCACAUUAGAUGAAGAAAAUAUUGAUGACCCUAUUAUUCAAGAUAUUUUAUGCGAUUACUUGGAUCAUGGAGACCAGAUUGUUAUAUGUCAGAUUUGUCAUGCAAAAUUAUGGAAAGCUGAAUCGAUUAGAGGGCAGAAAAAAGGCAAUACAUCUUAUUCCCUAUGUUGCGGUUACGGAAAAGUUGAGCUACCAUCCUUAAAAGAGGCAUCGCCAUCAUACCGAAAUCUGUAUAGAUCGGUAGAUUCGAAAAGCAAACAAUUCAUGAAGAAUAUUCGACGUUACAAUUCGAUGUUUUCAUUUACAUCGAUGGGAGGCAAAGUUGAUUUAUCCAUCAACAGAGGCAACGCACCAUACAUAUUCAGACUUGGUGGUCAAAAUUAUCAUAUGGAUGAACGACCACUUCUACAUCAACUUCAAGAUCAUAUGAUCUCCAGAUUAUAG